CCAGGAAAACAACCACAACACCACGCAACUCUAUUUUCUGAAGUUAAAAUCUUUUUUACACGUAAAUUCGAACAAAGAGGUCCCCCCACAAAGUAGUGUCCCCUCUGUGGAGAAGAUUCCCGAUUCCGCGGUUUCACGGUGUCGGCUUGUGGGUGGUGUUAUCCGGUGCCAAAAAGGGGUACCUCCGCGAAUCCGUGAAUUGUGCUUUUGUGGUUGGACGUGGUCAGCACCUUCACCACCUCCUGCUGGUGUUUCCGCGGAUCGAUCCCGUGUCGCGUGACACGACAGCCACCACCUCACCCCACCCCCGGUUCUGGUGGUGCCCCUCCGGAUGUGCCGUCUACGGGUCUGCUUCUGCCGGAUGUCGAACCUCCGUCUACCGGUGAUCGGAGCAACCACGACGACGACGACGACGACGGCGGCGGCGGAGUAGGACCACAGCUCCCGUGACCCCCGUGCCAGACCAUUCGCGGACACACGUCACACGUACAGACCACACACAUACACACACAUACACACAUCCUUACGCACACAAUCAACGGAGCAACUGCGGCAAUGUCGAGCCGCGUCCGGAAGCAUAACGAACCGAUGAAGGCGUUUGUGCCCGUCAGCUCCCUUCUACUACGGGGCACCGGAUCGAUCCACUGUAGCAGCAGCGGUGGGGGCGCCACAAGUGCCAGUGGCCAACAAACCGGAAGUCCCAGCGGCACCACAUCGUACUAUACGGGCGGAGGGAAAUCCCUGUCGGCCACACUCUCACCACCGGUUCGGCACAUCUCGCCGGAACACGCCAUCUGCGGCAACCGGAGUCCGGGGGCACUGACGUGCAAAGGUAAAAUCCUGAAUAUCAACGAGGGUUGCAUCCGACGUACGGCAUCACUGGACGCGCUGUAUCUGCGGCCUGCACCGGCCUGGAGUCUUGUAACGCCGACACUACUCCAGCUGGACAAAGCAACCCAGACGGAGGAAUCAUUUCUCGAGCGUACCCGUGGUUCGUUGCUACUGUCCGCACACGGAUUCCAAACCGUCACCACACCGGUUUCCGAAUGCGUGGGUGGACCGUCCGGUUCGUCCACCUCUUCGUCACCGAUUAUUACACGGACCGAUGCGACAACACCGACGACCGAUCUGAAGAUGGAGAAAGUGAUACGACAAAGACUGCAGCGUACCCAUCGUGGGGAACACUCCGUUAGCUCUCAGACACUUAGUCCCAACAAUGCUAAAGCAAGCCCCGUAUCGAUACCACCCCGUACCUGUCCACCCGUGCACAUCCGACCGAUGCGCAACUCUGUCGAGGGUUUGAAUCAGGAGAUCGAAAAGCUGGUCCUCUACCCAGGACAGCAGCACAGCUGCCGAUCGGAGCUUGAGAUGUACUCACGAGGAACACCGGAAGGUCAUCGGGCACCAUUGGCAGAUCUGUUUCACGGAACCGGUCCCACUUCGAUGACCGGAGGGGGUGGUGUAGGUGGUGUUGGAGGUGGGACAGUUGGCGAUACACGAUCGGUUAACACGCAAACACCGCUCGGUGAUACGCUGUCAUCGGAUGAUGGCAGCCAAAGCACCUCCCCGGAUGAGGGUGCGGCAGCUACCAGUGCAUCACCUAGGAUCAACAAGUUCCUUGCUCGUGAACCACCGGAUGGUUGUGAAAAGGUGAAUCUAAAGCUUACCGAGGCCGAUACCAGUACAAACACGGCAUGCUUCAAACCGUGCACCACCGCAUUCCAGUUGAAACCAUCGUUGGGCUCCGCUUUUCAACCGCUGCAACCGUUGCAGCCGACACUCAAAACAACACCGGAAGCGGACGAUGGCGAUCAGGAGGAAGAGCAGCAGCAGACACAGGACGACGAUAAUGGGGCUGAAAGUGGUGCCGUCGGUGGUGUUACUUCGUCAACAGAGGCUCCCCACCAGUGAACGUAGAUAGACUGGCGCGCGAUUUACUUUAUGUUUCACCUGACCUGACAAAUCGACUUUCGUUGCCAUUUUAUCUACCAGAUCCACGUCACGCCUGCGCUAGUGAUGGCAAGGCUCUUCGCAGUUUACCAUUCCAUGAGCCACGUGAUGGUGAUCAGUUUUGUUUGCUCCCGGUGUGUGGUGUGUAGUAGGGGUCGUAAACGACAUGAGUUUAUUGUGAUCACAUUUUUUGCAACAACAUUGGCAUUAAUCCAUUAAUCGUAGAUCAGCUAGAAUAGUAGAGCAAGUUGAGAGUGGCGAGACGAUAGCUGGCAAGAAGAAGUAAUACAAACAUCAUAUUGUAUGACAGAACCAAAUCGAUGGAAACCGGGCGGAAGUGUGGUGUUGAGGGGUGUAAAUCACAACGACAAAAACCAAACCUUUCCAUUACUCCAGAACAUUUCAUUAAGCAGCAAAAUAGCCACCCAUUUUCUUCAUCAAUCAUCAACAUUUAGAACUAACAAGAAACAUACAUUCCAACACCAACGCCACUAACGCAUGCAUCGCAUGCCCAGGAUACCGUAGCGAAUGGUCGACAGAGUGCCGCAGAUAGUGGGGGUGGAUUGGAGAGCAACCGCCAACCUGUCUGUGUAUAUUUUCUGAAGAUGAAUUGGUGAAAGAUGAAUGGUGGAUAACAGGGAAGCGGUGGUGGUCGAGAAUGGUGGCCGUAGCUGGAGCAAAGGGAGAAUGGAGAUUUACGCAAAGUCAAUAACCAAGGCAAUUUUUUGGAAGGCAUUUUUUCUAUCACAAAAUACCAAUUAGUAACGGCAUAAACAGGGCUGCGAAAGGUUCUCGUAGAGAAGAAAAGGGCCCCGAUUGCAUCCGCAAACAGUACAGUAACUAAACUUUUAACUGACUAAAUAUGAUUCAUUUCCAUCGGAGGACAAUGCGCUGUCCCGUUCUUUUUCUCUUUGUUUAGUUCGUAUUUUAAUAGUCUUGAACAUCAACUGUUUUAAUUUGCAAAUGAUAGAGUUACUGGGGUUAACUAUUAUUUGGUUAACUAUUUGUUUUGAAACACAAUUCGGAUAGCAAAAAUAUCUUCCCACUUUUCAAGUACAAUCCCCGUGCCAUGUGGGUUACCGUAUGCAUUAUUUUACGAUUAAACGAUCGCACUUACUCAUUCACGCAUUAUUCGUUCGCGGAACAAUCCCAGAGAUUAUAUCCUUGAUGGAACCGGAAACAUACACACUCACGCACAUGCAACUUGGAACCGAAAUAACAAUAAUAUAACAAUUAAGCAAAAUAGUAUCCCACAACCAGAAACAGACCUACAACCGAAGCAACAGAAUCGCAUUGAAGAAGCAUUGAACUGGCAAACCAAUAGAAUCAAAACUCUUUCACUCACACACUCGUAGAGGCUUUUCGCGUGAAUCAUUCUGACAAAAAGCAACAUGUAACGAAAAACCUUAUAUAUAUAUUUUCUAUAUAUACAAUAUUUUUACUGACACACGGGCGAAUACGCCGCACGCAACGGUGUGCCAGGUGGUAUAAAAAAACAUGGAUAACACUUUUCAUAAAAGGGGGAAAAAGUCAAUAUAUAUACACACACACGCACGACACAGCACAAGCCACAGAGUAUCGAUGUGCGACCGAGCUCGAACGAGGGGCAACGGAAUGAGGAUACGGAAAGGCGUGGACCAAGGAGCAACACGAUUGAAUUUUGAUCGCAAAAGAGAGCUAGCGGAGGAAAGGCGGUGGUUUGGCUCUGCUUAAGAAUUCUUUCUUCAUUUUGCUUUUACCUUGCAUAUUAAUCGUUUUCUCUGCCUCUCCGAUGUUCACACGGGUGGUAAGGAUGCAUUUUCAAGUAGGUGAAAGAAGAUCGAAUCCUGUGCUCAUAUUCCCCUGCAUACCCCAUGCAAUGCCCAAAUAAACAAUGUACAAAUGGAUCGUCUGCGAUCGAUUGGAAGUUAGAAAUGGUCGACCCUGGUCGGGCAGCCACAAAUGGCAAAUGGUUGAUGGCAAAAGAAUCCACAGGGAAACUAAGCACCAGCUGCUAAUACGUAGUACGAUUGUAGGCCAGAUGUGUCAGCUAAUCUCGGUUAACAACUGAUUGUCUUUUUAUAUUAUUCGCUCACCAUUUAGUUUGUCGCUAGAGUUUGCUUCUAUUAUUCAGACGAUAGAUUGUGGUAGUUUUUAUGUUACUUUUUUAUAUACGUUUUAAUGCUCUUUUUCCUUCAUUCACUCUUUUAUAUUGUUAAUCCGUUGAACGCGUUCGUUAUGAUUAUUUGUAGUUCGGCUAGCUUGUUGUACAUCAGCACGAUGUGAGAUCCCUCGAUCACCACACCGGUGAUUAUUGUAUGAUUACUUUUUUAAUUUUAUUAUUUUAAACCAUGUUCGCAGGCCUGCAGCAUUAAAUGAAU